CAAGUUCCAGUUCCAUCAAGUUCUGCAGCUCCGUCAAGUUCUGCAGCUCCAUCAAGUUCUGCAGCUCCAUCAAGUUCUGCAGCUCCGUCAAGUUCUGCAGCUCCAUCAAGUUCUGCAGCUCCGUCAAGUUCUGCGGCUCCAUCAAGUUCUGCAGCUCCGUCAAGUUCUGCGGCUCCAUCAAGUUCUGCAGCACCAUCUAGUUCUGCAGCUCUGUCAAGUUCUGUGGCUCCAUCAAGUUCUGCAGCUCCAUUAAAUUCUGCAGCCCCGUCAAGUUCUGCAGCACCAUCUAGUUCUGUAGCUCUAUCAAGUUCUGCAGCUCCAUCCAGUUCCCCGGCUCCUUCAAGCUCAGUGGCUCCUCUGAUCGAUGCUUCUUCCUCUAUUGCCCCUUCGCAAACGGAAGCCAGUUCCUCUCCAAUCAUGUCUCAGACCGAGGCUCUGACCUCUACUCCCGUGGCCAGUGUCAGCGUUAGCUCGUCAGCUGACAUACAACCAUCAUCUACAGCACAGCCGGGAAUGAGUAGCUCCGUCACUACACCGGCGCCAGUUGUCCCCAAGGUGUACGACGAGUGUGAGAAUGACACAAUGUGCCCAGAGAACGCUCUCUGCAAGCUUGUCAACUGCACGAACCUUCGUUGCCUGUGCGAGCCAGGUUUCUCCCCUAACUCUGCUAGAACCGCCUGUUUCACAACGGCGGGACUCGGUGAAGCAUGUAGCGCGACAGUGACAUGUAAAACUCCUGGUAGCGCGUGCAACACAAAUACAAACCUUUGCACGUGCGGGGCGCCUCUUACGGCGAUGUCGUCUGACGGAAAGUAUUGCAUCAGACCGGGAGUCAAACUCCUAACCGAUACUUGUCAGCCAGGAGAAUGUUUGGGAGUAUUAUCCUCUUGUACCGCCGGACAGUGCGACUGUGGCACUUUCAGAGAAGCUACAGACGCUGAAAUUGAGAAUGAGCCGGAUUUGUGGGAAGUGUUCGGACAAUGUCGCCAAGGUGCGGCGCCUGAUCCAGUCCCUGCCGGAGGAGCGACCGGGGAGGAGGAAUGUCAGCAGCUUGCUCCUGGCGACGUCUGUACAUCCGACGUGCUCUGUCCCCAACACUCCAGCUGCCUGCCGGCCGAGGGUGGCUGUGGAAGCCGGUGCUGGUGCGACAUCGGAUACGCCCCCGACGACCCCGUGCCAUCCAAGUGUGUAAUAGUUGUCAAGCGCGGGGAACCCUGCCAGGAUGGCCAGCAGAAGUGUGGAGGAUUUGCCACCUUCUGUAAGAGCGGUAAAUGUGCGUGCAUCCCGCCGUCGUACGAGCCGUCCAGCACAGGUGAACACUGCCGCCUGAAGGUGCCGUCCAUCACGCUGGCCUUGCUGGGAGAACCUUGUGAUUUUGCCUCGCUGACGUUCUGUGCCAAUAAGUAUGAGCAGACGUGUAACCCAACAACGAAAGUCUGCGAGUGUAAGCCUGGCUACAGGGAAGCGACUGCCAGAGACUACCUCGCACAGUAUCCAAAUGGCGCGCAGUGUCGGGAAGACGGCCAGGAAGAUGGAUACCGACCGCCACUGACCUGUAGUGAGCCUCCGCUUGCCCUGGUACAAGAACCCCCAGACUUCUCAGAAGAGAUAGCGAACGCUGCUGGAAACCAGGGCAGUGUUGUUCUGUAUGUCAUGGUUCCCACCGUCCUCUCCAUCUGUGUCCUCGCUGCCGCCUUCACCAUCGCCAGAUAUAGACGACGUCUACGUCUCCGCCAGCAGCUGGAUGACAUGUCCUCCGUUACCAGUGAGGAGACCGGCUUCCAGAUUCCCAGACCAUCCCUCAAGCUGUUCAGGGGAGACAGGAAUUGGUCUGGACAGGAAUCAGCGUUCAGGAACCCAACAUUUGUGGGAACAACUUCUUAAAACUGUAUCAACACAACUGUAUAGAUUCCAGACAUACAAUUAGUGUAACAUAAUAUGAGGCAAUGCAAGGCAAUACAACCAUUCUCUCUUUAUGAAUCUACAAGUCACGAACAUUGUCACUAUUGUUAGUAUGUUUGAUAUCUCGGACUAUAUUAAAAUUGUUAUGAGCUCUUGAAUUAUUUUUGUAAACCCAACUGGCUUGGUACAUGCGACAAAGCUUGAUCAUGAGCCGCUCCAGAAUGAUAUGCAUUUUAAUCUGGGCAGCUGAAGGAGAUGAAAUAAACUAUAUUUUUACAAAAUUGACAUGAAAAA